UGAAGAAGGUGAUAUAUAUAAAGUGACUCUUGAUUGCGAGGACGAUAAGGUAAAAGCUAUUAAAAUAAAAUAUUUUGAUACUGUACCUGUUGCGGUAUCAUUAUGUAUACUUAGAGCUGGUUUUUUGUUUGUAGCUACUGAAUUUGGAAAUCCUCGGCUAUACUCUUUUACAAGUCUUGGUGAUGAUAAUGAUGAACCAGAAUGGUCUAGUAAAGAUUUUAUGGAUACUGAUACUGAAGCACCAGUAGCAUAUUUUAAUCUUAGAGAAUUACAAAAUUUAGAAAGGGCUGAUGAAUUAGAAAGUUUAAAUCCAUUAAUUGAUGCUAAAGUUCUAAAUCUUAUGGAUGACGAUACUCCUCAAAUAUAUUCUUUGUGCGGCAGGGGAGCAGGUUCAACUUUUAGAAUCUUGAGAAAUGGCUUAGAAGUAUCUGAAAUGGCUGUUUCAGAAUUACCAGGAAAUCCUAAUGCUGUAUGGACCACCAAACUUAGAGCAGAAGAUGAAUUUGAUGCUUAUAUAAUAGUUUCAUUUGUGAAUGCUACAUUGGUAUUAUCUAUUGGCGAGACUGUGGAAGAAGUUACAGAUACAGGAUUUCUUGCAUCAACACCUACUUUAGAUGUCCACCAACUUGGUAAUGAUGCAUUACUUCAGAUAUAUCCUCAAGGAAUAAGACAUAUUAGAGUUGAUCGUCGUGUUAAUGAAUGGAAAACUCCUGGUAAUAAAACAAUCGUCAAAGCAGCUACCAAUAAACGACAAGUCGUUAUAGCCUUGACUGGUGGUGAAUUGGUUUAUUUUGAAUUGGAUAGUCAAGGACAACUGAAUGAAUAUCAGGAACGUAAGGAAAUGUCAGCAAAUGUGUUAUGUUUAAGUAUUGGUGAGGUUCCUGAAGGAAGACAACGUUCAAGAUUUUUGGCUGUAGGUUGUGAUGACAAUGCUGUAAGAAUUCUUUCACUCGAUCCAGACAAUACUUUAGAAAUACUUAGCACACAAGCUAUUAGUGCCUUACCACAAUCAUUAGUCAUUAUUGAAAUGAUGGAUAUUGGAACGGACGCUUCUCAUGGAACUCUAUAUUUAAAUAUAGGUUUACAAAAUGGUGUUUUGUUAAGAACAGUUUUGGAUACUAUAACUGGAGCUUUAACGGAUACAAGACAAAGAUUUCUCGGAGCACGUCCUGUCAAAUUGUUUCAAGUUACAAUACAGGGAGCUCCAGCUGUACUUGCUUUAUCGAGUCGACCUUGGUUAAGCUAUACUUUUCAAUCCAGACUACAUCUAACACCGCUUUCUUAUGACAUGCUUGAAUACGGUUCAAAUUUUACUUCACCGCAAGUACCUGAAGGUAUAGUUGCUAUAUCAGCCAACACAUUAAGGAUAUUUGCUGUAGAGAAAUUGGGCACUGUGUUCAAUCAAGUAGCUAUACCGCUCAAAUACACGCCACGUCAUUUUGUUCUUCAUCAAAAUUCAAGAAACUUUGUAAUAAUUGAAAGCGAGCACAAUACUUACUCGCCUACCGAAAGAAAAAAGUUAAUAGAAUCAAAAAUCAAUGCUGGUACAGAAGUAAACGAAAGUAUCUUUGAUUUGCCACAAGAAAUUUUAGGAUUACCUAAAGCUGAAGCUGGUAAAUGGGCGUCUUGUAUUCGUGUUGUGAAUCCAUUUCAGAGCGAAACUAUGUCAGUGAUUGAACUUGAAGAUAACGAGGCAGCUUUUAGUGUUGCAACAGUAAAUUUCCAUGGUCAUAGCGAGGUAUUCCUUGUGGUUGGUGCUGCCAAAGAUGCAAAUUUAGCACCAAGAACUUGUUCUUCUGGUUUUCUUUAUGUUUAUCAAUUUGUAGAUAAUGGAAACUCGUUAAAAUUAAUUCACAAAACAAUAUGUGAUGAUAUUCCUUUAGCAUUAUUAGGAUUUCAAGGAAGACUUUUAGCUGGUGUUGGGAAAGCACUUAGAAUUUAUGAUUUAGGUAAAAGGAAACUCUUACGAAAAUGUGAAUCAAAGGGCAAUAGAAUUAUUAUUUGUGAUGUUCAAGAAUCAAUUCAUUAUGCAUCAUAUAGACAACACGAUAAUCGAAUUAUUAUUUUUGCUGAUGAUACUACACCACGUUGGAUCACUACCACAACAAUGUUAGAUUACGAUACAAUUGCUGGUGGUGAUAAAUUCGGAAAUUUCUUUAUUGAUAGAUUACCAGCCGAGACUAGUGAAGAGGUGGAUGAAGAUCCUACUGGUAAUAAGAUUAUGUAUGAAAAAGGAUAUCUUAUGGGUGCGCCUCAUAAAGUUACUAUGAUAGCUCAUUAUCAUGUUGGUGAUAUUAUCACAUCUAUUCAUAGAACCAAUUUGGUAGCAGGUGGUCGUGAAGUCCUUGUAUACACAGGUAUAAUGGCUGAUGAAUUGGAUCGUACACCUGCAGAAAUUCAAAAAAAGAUUGAAGAUAUGAGAGUGAUGGCUGCUUUUUAA